UCUCAUUAUCUUCAUCCAUUCAUACAGACGCAGACAAAGCUCAGAUCCUUGAAGCCUAAAUUCCUAUUUCUCUCCCUUCUAUUAACAAACACCGCCAUUUCUGUAUUUGUACACCUGCUUAAGAAUAUUUUAUUUUUAUUCCAUUAUCUUCAUUUCCUCUCUUUCUCCUUCCUAUCUCGCGGGACUUUCGACGUCUGUUGGAUUGAAAGCUAAGUCUCUCUACGUGAGCGGGAGCAAAAAGUGUGAAUCCGAAGGAAAUAAUAGAUACCGGCAAAGUGUUUCUUAAAGACCCAGCAAAAUCCAUGGCUAUGUUUCCUGAAUAUACACUCUCUUAUUUGUCAUCAUUGAGGGGAUUUAUUCCUUUUCGCUUUUGGUGAUCUCGGUAUAUGAGCUGAAGUUGGGCUUUGUUGGUUUCGGUGGUGCAAUGUGGGUUCAAUCGACUCAUUGAUAGGCGUUCUUCUUCGUGAUUUUGUUGGAUCUCAACCAUGGCUCUGUUUAGAAAGUUUUUCUACAGGAAGCCGCCUGAUGGGCUAUUGGAGAUCUCCGAGAGGGUUUACGUCUUUGAUUGCUGCUUCACAACUGAUAUGUUAGAAGAUGAAGAAUAUAAAGUUUAUAUUGGAGGCAUAGUUGGUCAACUGCGUGACCACUUUCCUGAUGCGUCUUUCAUGGUGUUUAACUUCCGAGAGGGAGAGCACCAGAGCCAGAUUGCUAGCAUAUUGUCUGAAUAUGAUAUGACAGUAAUGGACUAUCCUCGUCACUAUGAAGGUUGCCCCUUAUUAACUAUGGAGAUGAUCCACCACUUUUUGAGAUCAAGUGAAAGCUGGCUUUCACUUGUACAACAAAAUGUGUUACUGGUGCAUUGUGAAAGAGGUGGAUGGCCAAUUUUGGCCUUCAUGCUCGCUGCUCUUCUGAUAUAUAGAAAGCAAUUCAGUGGAGAACAGAAAACUUUAGACACGAUCUACAAGCAAGCACCUCGGGAACUGUUGCAGCUGAUGUCACCAUUAAAUCCACUGCCUUCGCAGCUAAGAUACCUUCAGUACGUGUCAAGAAGGAAUGUCGGUGUACAAUGGCCUCCAUUGGAUAGGGCACUUACUUUGGACUGUAUUAUUCUUAGAUUUAUUCCUAAUUUUGAUGGAGAGGGGGGUUGCCGCCCAAUAUUUAGGAUAUAUGGACAGGAUCCUUUUAUGGCUGCUGACCGGACUCCGAAAGUUCUCUUUUCAAUGCCAAAAAGGAGCAAACUUGUUCGACAUUACAAGCAGGCAGAUUGUGAGUUAGUAAAGAUUGACAUCAGUUGCCAUAUUCAAGGUGAUGUUGUGCUGGAGUGCAUUAGUUUGGAUAGUGAUCAAGAGCGGGAAGAGAUGAUGUUUAGGGUCAUGUUCAAUACAGCCUUUAUUAGAUCAAAUAUUUUAAUGCUUAAUCGCGAUGAGAUUGACAUUUUGUGGAAUGCUAGGGAUAAAUUUUCGAAGGAUUUCAGAGCAGAGGUUAUUUUUUCAGAGAUGGAUGCUGCUACUUCAAUUGUUCCGGUCGAUAUGCCAGGUAUAGAGGAGAAAGAUGGGCUUCCUAUGGAAGCAUUUGCUAAAGUUCAAGAGAUUUUCAGCAAUGUUGAUUGGAUGGAUCCAAAGUCAGAUGUUGCAAUUAAUGUUCUUCAACACAUCACUGCAGCUAAUAUCCUUCAAGAAAAUUUGGAGACUUUUUCUCCUCGAAGUGCAGAAGCAGGUCUAUUGUUGGAAUCAGCUCUUGAAAAGGUUAAAGAGAGAACAAAAGCAAUUGUGUCAGAAAUUAGCUUGAAGAGUCCCGCAACCCUUGCUGAGGCAAAAGAAACUAUACCUUCUGUUGAAUCGGUGGAACCAGAUAUUGGGCUGAAGAAUCCCAUGAAUCUUGCUGAUGCAAACGAAACUAUACCCUCUCUUGAACCAUCAUCAGAUGCAAGUUCAGUUCAAAAGAAGGUUGAAGCCCAUGAACUCCAGGUUGCUCUCCAACAUCCUGCUCAACCUAAGAUCAUUUCCCAGCGAAUACCCCAGAUUUCACUCUCUGCUCCAGUUUCAUACUCUAAUUCCUUGCAAGCAUCACCUGUGUCUAUAUCAAGAUUUCACAGUGCGCCUUCAGCCCUGGGUAUUACAGCUCUAUUGCAUGAUCAUGCUGCAUCUCAAAGUGGAGAAUUUACUUGCCCAGUUACAUUAUCUCUUCCUUCCCCAGCGUCUUCUCCUAUUGCAAAUUUACAAAAAAUUCAACCUGGUCAAAUACAUGCUUUGCCACCAGCAUCAUCAAUGUCUCCACUGCCUCCCUCCCUGCAGUUUCCUAACGGGCCUCCUGCGAUUAUACAAAAGAUGUCCGCAAUCGUAUCUCCUCAUCCUCCCCUUCCGUCUCAAUCAGCUCUAAGAGCAACAGUUGACUUGCCAACUCAGCAUCCUAAAUCACAGGUUAGGGGUUCAACAUCAUCAGUUCCGCUUCCGCCUCCAUUACCUUCUUUUUCUGGAGCAUCUACUUCUUCUCAUAUCAAGAGUUCAUGUUUGACCUCUCCUCCCCUUCCUCCACCACCUCCUCGUUCAGGAGCAUCUACAUCUGCUCCUAUCAAGAGCUCACAUUCAGCCCCUCCUCCUCCUCCUCCACCUUCUCUUUCAGGAGCAUCUACUUUUGCACCUAUCAAGAGUUCAUGUUCAAACCCUCUUCUCUCUCCUUCACCACCUUCUCUCUUGAGUGCUUCUCCUUCUCCCAUGGCUAAGAGCACAUCCUCCAGUUCUCCUCCACCAGCCCCUCCCCUACCGUCUUUGUCAAGAAGUCCUCAAUCUUUAACUGUAAAAUGCUCAAAUCCCCUUCCUCCUCCACCACUUCCUGGAACUGCUUCAUCAGCUCCGUCACUAGUUUCCUCUCUAUCACCUAUGAAGAAUUCAGUAGUUAUGCCCGGACCUCCACCACCACCUCCACCUCCUCUACGUUCUGGUGGUAAAUCUUUGGUGCCACCACCACCUUUGCCACUUGGUACUUCCUUGAAGAGUGGCUUGGCUCUUGCUCCCCCUGUGCCACCUCCUCCAGCUCCUUUUGCCAAAAGAGCCAGUGAUGACUCUGUACAAUCUCAUCAAGGAGUUGGUAAUGGGAAUAUUCCUGCAAUUCCUGGACCACCUGCUGCUCCAUUUGGUGCAAAGGGACGGGGGUUAUUACGUACUAGUCCAAGAAGCCAGUCCCAACCCAGAAAGGCCAAUCUGAAACCAUAUCAUUGGUUGAAGUUAACAAGGGUGAUGCAAGGAAGCUUAUGGGCUGAGACACAAAAACCAGAGGAAGCUUCCAAGGCUCCAGAGAUUGACUUGUCAGAACUUGAGAGUCUUUUCUCUGCUGCUGCUCCUAACUCAGAUCAUGGAAGUAAAGGUGGAAAAUCAAACCGUCGUGCCUCCCUAAAAUCAGAGAAAGUCCAGUUGAUUGAGCUUAGGCGGGCAUAUAACUGCGAAAUUAUGCUUUCAUUGGGAAAGUGUGAACAGUUUUUUUUGGAAUUGAUGAAAGUUCCACGGGUGGAGUCAAAGUUAAGGGUUUUCUCAUUUAAGAUACAAUUUUGUUCCCAGGUUUCUGAUCUUAGGAAGAGCUUGAAUAUUGUAAAUUCUGCAGCUGAGGAGGUUAGAAAUUCAGUUAAGUUGAAAAGGAUCAUGCAAACUAUCCUUUCUCUGGGUAAUGCAUUGAACCAUGGAACUGCAAGGGGUUCUGCUAUUGGAUUUCGAUUGGAUAGUCUCCUCAAGCUCACUGACACAAGAGCCCGAAACAACAAGAUGACUCUCAUGCACUAUCUUUGUAAGGUACUUGCUGAAAAGCUGCCAGAACUCCUUGAUUUCCCAAAAGACCUUGUGAGUCUGGAGGCUGCAACUAAGAUACAACUGAAGUAUCUGGCUGAGGAGAUGCAAGCCAUUAGUAAAGGACUGGAGAAAGUUGUUCAAGAAUUAACUGCCUCUGAGAAUGAUGGUCUAGUGUCAGAAAUUUUUUGCCAGACUUUAAAGGAGUUUCUUAGUUUUGCUGAAAGUGAAGUGAGAUCAUUGGCUUCACUUUAUUCUAGUGUGGGUAGAAGUGCAGAUGCAUUGGCUCUUUAUUUUGGGGAAGAUCCAGCCCGAGUCCCAUUUGAGCAAGUUGUAUCUACCCUCCUCAAUUUUGUGAGGACAUUCAUUCGCGCCCAAGAGGAAAACUACAAGCAGCUUGAAUUUGAGAAGAAGAAAGCACAGAAAGAUGCAGAAAAUGAAAAAUUGAAGAUGGUUGGCCCGAAAAGAGAAUCCGAGAACUUGAUCCCAAGCAUCAUCAAGUGAAAGCACCGGAUGAUUUAAGUGCUCGAAUCAAAAUAUCUCCUAUCGACUAAUACAAGCUGUUGCUUCAUGGAUGAUAUAUAUACUAUUCAGCUCCAUGGAUGUAAACAUUUCACGAAAAUAGAUUUUCAAGCCACUGGUAAAUCUUUAGUCGACAAAGAAGAAUGUAUUUUUCAGCAGGCAAUAAUUAGGAGUUAACAAGAAAUGUCUAGCGGGAUGUCUAAUGCUUAAUUCUGCAUUGAAAUGGUGGAGUCCUGUUAAGUUGAGCCCCUUAGAAGGUAGUAGAAAUUUUGUUGUAAAAAUAUGUGUAGUCUCUUUGUUUCCACCCCCCUUGUCAAAACAAGCCUUUGCCGCCCCUGUAACUAUUUCUCACAUAUAUAUGUAUAUUUUGGGUUUUAGGAAUGUAAAUGUUUUCACGUAGUCUUUAUUUACAUAUAUAUAUAUAUAUAAUCAA